UUAUUAUCUGAUUGAGCGACACGACGGGAGGAGGACAAUUUGCUUAGAUUAUGCGCCAACUCUCGAGUCACCCGAUUGAUGGACACGUUCUACACAUGGGAGGGUAUCGUGCCCUCCCAUUGAAUGAUUAUCGAUUUCUUUGACACGUUUUACACAUGAGAGGGAAUCGUGCCCUCAAAUAUUUGUAAUUGUAGCAACAUUUUCUCAACCCGGUGAUGGUGUGAAAACCAUCCAGAGAUUCAAACCCAAAAAUUUUCAGGCCCUUUUGAAUUCGUAAUAUUUCAAUAUAUUUUAUUUCAGUGCAAGGAGUAGGAUCUAAUCACCGUGAAACAAGCUUAAUUUCUUUCUAGACUGUAGUCUGUCCUAGAAAGCUGCUAACCCACGUAAAAAACAAAAAAUACGUUAAGAAGUCGCAACUCGCUGGCCCAGUAAGAAGUCACAAAGCCCUAUGGUUUGCUACUGGGCCGGACCAAUCUCUUUGCAUCCACUCUCGCUCGCUCGCUCGCGGCCAUGGCGAACCCCCGCGGUGCGCCGCCUCUCCUCCACCCCCGCCUCCGGCGGCACCUGCGCUCGCCGAUCUCGCGCUGCGCCUGCCUGCUCCUCGCCUUUGCCGCUCUCCUCCUCCUCUCCGCCCUGCGCCAGGUCGCGCGGGUCGACUUCCCCCACCCCGACGCACCCCGCCAGGUGUCAAGCGAGCAGCUUUGGGCAUCUAUUGGCUACGGUUAUGAUGCUUGUGUUACACCAACCUCUAGAUAUAAGGUUCCAGGCAAGUCAGAUCGCUAUAUGACUGUCAGAAGUAAUGGAGGACUCAACCAAAUGCGCACUGGAAUCUGUGAUAUGGUUGCAGUUGCCCGUUUGGUGAAUGCAACACUUGUUGUCCCUCAGUUAGAUAAGCGAUCAUUCUGGCAAGAUACCAGUACAUUUAAAGAUAUCUUUGAUCAGCCUCAUUUUAUUAAAGCUCUGGAAGGAGAUGUCCACAUUGUGGAUGACUUGCCUGAAAGCUUGGAAUCUGCUCCAAGAACCCGGAAACACUUUACCUCAUGGUCUGGUGCAAGUUAUUAUGAGGAAGUGAAAGAGCUCUGGAAGAAUCAGAAGGUAGUUCACAUCCCGAAAUCUGACUCACGACUUGCUAACAAUGGUCUUCCAAUUGAUAUCCAGAGAUUGAGAUGCCGCUGUCUUUACCAAGCACUGCGUUUUUUGGAUCCAAUUGAGGACCUAGGAAAGAAGCUGGUGGAUCGUCUUAGGUCUCACGGAAAAUUCAUCGCUCUUCAUCUACGAUAUGAAAAGGAUAUGCUAGCAUUUACGGGAUGCACUUAUGGUCUGAGUGAUUCAGAAGCAAAUGAGUUGAGAAUUAUGAGGGAGAGAACAAGCCACUGGAAACUGAAGGAUAUAAACUCAACUGAACAGAGAUCUGAAGGCAACUGUCCACUGACUCCAAAUGAGGUGGGCAUUUUUCUGCGCGCUAUGGGCUAUCCUGAAUCCACAUGGAUCUAUCUUGCAGCAGGUGAAAUUUAUGGUGGUGAUAAAUAUAUAUCAAAAUUGAGAUCAUACUUCCCAAAUUUGGUUAGCAAGGAGAUGCUAGCGACAAAAGAAGAGCUUGAGAAAUUCAGUAAUCAUGCUUCUCAAGUUGCAGCCCUUGAUUACAUAAUUUCAGUUGAAAGUGAUGUGUUUGUUCCAUCACACUCUGGCAAUAUGGCAAAAGCUGUAGAAGGCCAUCGGAGAUUUCUGGGGCAUCGCAAAACUAUUACUCCUGAUAGGAGAGGAUUGGUGGAACUCUUUGAUUUACUGGAAAAAGGGGAACUCAUGGAAGGUCCAAAGCUAUCCUCAGUUGUUACUGACAUGCAUAAAUACAGACAAGGGGCUCCAAGGAAAAGAUAUGGCUCCUUGCCAGGAAGCAAGGGCAGAGCACGACUUAGGACUGAGGAAUCUUUUUAUGAAAACCCAUUUCCUGAGUGCAUCUGUCUGACUGGGAAGCAUUGAUGUUCUGCUGAUGUAUAGAGUUGUAUAAUGGCACCGUUCACUCGCAUUGGAAGUGAACUAGUGCUUCUUUUUGGCCAUUGGAGCUCUACUGACUUUCAAACUAAACGGAUACUCUAUGACAUGAGGCAGUGAAGGAUGCCUUCCUUCCAGUGAUCAGCAUCCAGUGACCUUGUUGGCCCAGAUGGACUGGCCCCCAUAACCAAGCAACUGUACAUGAAUGGGUUCGUUCCCACAAAAUCGAGAGAUUUGAUGUUUAGGUUGUAGGCAUGAAAGUUUCAAACAACACACGUAACGUAUGCAUUUGCAAGGAUCUGUAGCCCUGGAGGCAUUAUCAGAAAAAUUCUGUAGUGACAAGCAUCUGGCAUUUAAAGAACAAGUUUACACA